AUAUGAUCUCCGAUGGCGCAGGGUGAAGAGAAAAGAUUGCUUUCUUCUGAACAUUUGAACUCUCUCUUUCAGUCAUUCUUAAAAGCUUUCAGAUUCUGAUUUCUUUAAAAGAUAAGGAUAAAACAAAACAAUGAAAGUAACAAAUGUGGACGAGCAACAAUCGAAUCGCCAAUAAAUAAAGAUGACGACCGAAACGAUAUCUCGGCCAUUUAUUUUUUGCUAUACCUCAAUAUUCUUCUGAACGCAGGAGACACAGAGAUGUCUCCCCUUUCUGUUGAACCGAACAGAGGCUUUGAUUUGAAAAGAAAAACAAAGGAAAAUCCCAAAUAUGAGCGAUUAUCAGACAAGGUUAAGAGAUCCCUCAACCCCUUACAUUUCAAUCGGCUGUAGAGAAGAACGGAAGCGCACAACUCUUUGCUAAUGAGGCCUUAUAUAUAUGGAGAGGCCGACCCUUUCCUCCGCUUCCAGAUCUCAAUUCGAAACCCUAGCCACCAUUCAUUCAGUACCCAAAAUACUAUAAUGCCCUUUACUGCAACGCGUCAAUUUAUAGGCGCCGUGAUUCCCUUGGACGAUCCGGUGCCCCUGCAGAAUGGGAAAAAAUCGAAUAUAAGGAUGACUAUGAGGAGACCAUGUGCUCUGCAAAUCUAACGGUUGAGGAUGACUAUCAAGAUGUAGGCUCCACUCUCCAGCUCCGAGUCUCCGACCAUCAAAAUCCAAUAGGAUUCUGAUCCUACCAUCUAGGGUUUCAUCCCGAUUACUUUUCAAAACCUCCGUCUUCCAUUCCCAUCUUUGUCUCGCACAUUGAGCUCCUAAACAUUUCUUCAAAUACUCGGUGAGUCCAUCUUCUCCCAACCCAUCUUCUGGGACUCUUUUGGGACUCCACGCACUAAUAAAAUCUUCACAGAAAGCUUCAAAUUUUGUGCUUCACCUUUGUAUUUGUAAGUGCCCUUUCUCUCUUUAUUCAUUAACAUAAAUUCUUUUUGCAACUAUUGCAAGCUUGCUGCUUUAUAUCUCGUUGAUAGCAAUACUCGCGAGAGAGAGAGAGAGAGAGAGAUUUAUAAUUUUAUAUGGGUAAGUCGGGGGGUAGGAAGAAGAAGGGUGGUGCAAACCAAGUAACAGGUGAUAAUUCUACUCCAAAAGCUAAUGGUGUUGUUGAUUUGGACUCUUCGGUAUUUUUAACAAGAGCCCAUGAGCUCAAAGAAGAAGGGAACAAGAGGUUUCAAAAUAAGGACUAUGCUGGCGCUCUUGAGCAGUAUGAUAAUGCUCUCAGAGUUACUCCAAAAACCCACCCAGACCGAGCUGUGUUUCAUAGCAAUAGAGCGGCUUGUUUGAUGCAAAUGAAGCCCAUAGACUAUGAAACUGUGAUUGCUGAGUGUACUAUGGCUCUUCAGGUCCAGCCCCGGUUUUUCCGGGCUCUCCUUCGGAGGGCUCGGGCGUUCGAGGCAAUAGGGAAGUAUGAAAUGGCGAUGCAGGAUGUUCAGGUGUUGUUGGGGGCUGACCCCAAUCAUGGGGAUGCGUUGGAAAUUUCCCGGCGGUUGAGGACGGCAUUGGGUCCUCGCCCGGAGGCCCAGCAGGACCUCCAGAGCCGCCCAUCCCCUGCUGCCCUUGGUGCUUCUGCAGUUCGUGGUGCACCAAUUGCUGGAUUAGGACCUUGUUUACCUGCCCCAGUACCAAAGAAGGCAAAUACUGCAGCAGGGGGAUUAGUAUUAUCACCUAAUAAUAAGCCAGAGAAGCCCCAAGCGGUUCUACCCUCUGAAAAUGGUCCUGAGUCUAAAGCACAAUUGCCAAAACUUGUUUUGAAGCCUUCGAGUGGUACUUCAAAACCUGCUAAUCCAAGCAAGAAUAAUCAGAAGGAACAGCCAUCUACCACAUUAGUCUCAUUGCAUGGGCAGGCUCCAGAGGCUGCAAUCCAAUGGAGGCCAUUGAAGCUUGUUUAUGAUCAUGACAUAAGGCUUGCCCAGAUGCCAAUAAAAUGCAGUUUCAAAGUGUUAAGAGACAUCGUGAGCAAAAGGUUUUCAUCAUCAAAGUCAGUUUUGAUCAAAUACAAGGACAAUGAUGGUGAUUUGGUGACCAUAACCUGUUCAGGGGAACUCAGAUUGGCAGAGUCUUAUGUGGAUAGCCUCAUACUAAAGGAUCUGGAAACAGAUAAGACAGACACUAUUGGGGUACUGAGACUGCAUAUUGUGGAGGUGAGCCCUGAGCAAGAGCCUCCUAUAUUGGAAGAAGAGGAGAAGGAUAUGGAGAGUGAGGGAAACAAGGGAGAUGAAAUUGGCUCCAAUUCGUCACUUGGUGAAUCUGUUUUGGAGCCUGCUGAUGUGGGAAUUGAUAAGACAGAGAAAGAAUCUCAGAAGGAGAAACCAGGAGCAGAAGAUCCUGCAUGCAAGGAAGUGGAGAUGGAUGAUUGGCUGUUUGAAUUUGCUCAGCUUUUUCGCACUCAUGUUGGUAUUGACCCAGAUGCUCAUAUAGACUUACAUGAGCUUGGGAUGGAGCUUUGUUCCGAGGCACUUGAGGAGACAGUGACAAGUGAAGAAGCCCAAGGUCUCUUUGACAAGGCGGGUGCUAAGUUUCAAGAGGUGGCUGCUUUGGCAUUCUUCAACUGGGGAAAUGUUCAUAUGUGUGCAGCAAGGAAACGCAUUCCCUUGGAUGAAUCUGCUGGAAAGGAGGUGGUGGCUGCACAGCUUCAAGCCGCUUAUGACUGGGUUAGGGAAAGAUAUUCUCUGGCCAGAGAGAAGUAUGAGGAGGCACUCGUGAUCAAACCAGACUUUUAUGAGGGUUUGCUUGCUCUGGGGCAGCAGCAAUUUGAAAUGGCCAAGCUUCAUUGGUCAUUUGCACUUGCUAAGAAUAUAGAUCUCUCAAGCUGGGACUCUAUUGAAACUCUAAAACUUUAUGAGAGCGCGGAGGAAAAGAUGAAGGCUGCGACUGAGAUGUGGGAGAAGCUGGAGGAGCAGAGGGCAAAUGAGUUAAAAGAUCCAAGUGCGAUUAAGAAGGAAGAGUUAUUGAAAAGAAGAAAGAAACAAACUGGUAAUAAUGAAGGUGAGCCCUCUAGCCUUGGCAGUCAGAGCGAAAUUUCAGCAGAUGAAGCAGCAGAACAAGCAGCUGUGAUGAGAUCACAGAUACAUCUCUUCUGGGGUAACAUGCUUUUUGAGCGAUCCCAAGUUGAAUGCAAAUUGGGACUGGUUGGUUGGGAGAAAAACCUGGAUGCUGCUGUUGAGCGCUUUAAGCUUGCUGGAGCGUCUGAGACUGACAUUUCGAUGGUUCUGAAGAACCACUGCUCUAAUGGAGAUGCAGUGGAAGGAGAUGUUAAAAGGGUUCCAAAGUCAGAUACUGAUGUGGCUGGUGAAGCUAAGAAUGAUGUAGCCGAUGAAGUAUCGACCAAGUGAUAUGUAGUGGUUUUUGUUUUUUGAUAAUUGUGGAGUGAUGUUAUCUAUCUGCAUCAGAGCCUACCUUCUAAUUUUCUCGAUUCAAUCAUGAGCAUAAACUGGAGAAAGGAAAUGUUUUUUCUCAUAAAAAUGGUGGAAUUCUGGAAAAUAUACAGGCAUAACUGAUUGAACUUAAUUCUCAUUUUCAGCCUAAUCAUUGACAUCCCCAGUAGCAGUUGGCAAUGUAGCACAUUUCAAGAGAAUGUCAUUUAAGUAGUUGAUAUAAUAAGCCAUUUGAAGUGUGAUACAUUAUUACGUGUGAUUGGGAAUGAUAAGACAUAGGCUAGCCUUGUUCUUAAAAUUGCCAAUGUUAAUGAUAUUUUCACUAUUACCUUGCAA